ACAUUAAUCAUUGUUAAUAUCUGAAGCUGCAGCCAUGAUUGAGACCUUGUACAGCCUUCCCUUCCACAUACUGGUGCCGCCCAACAUCAAAGUGCGGCGGUUCAGCAUCCCAAUGCCCUCACCGAUGGCUGUGUUUAGUGUAAUUUUGCUCUCGUACUUUUUGGUGACCGGCGGCAUUAUCUAUGAUGUUAUAGUGGAGCCGCCCAGCGUGGGUGCCACUGUGGACGAGCACGGUCACUCACGUCCUGUGGCCUUUAUGCCCUAUCGAGUAAACGGACAAUAUAUCAUGGAGGGACUUGCCAGCAGCUUUCUUUUCACCGUCGGCGGCCUGGGCUUUAUCAUUAUGGAUCAGACGCAUUCACCCGGCAAGACAAAUCUCAAUCGGCUGCUACUCACCGCCAUGGGAUUCAUUUUUAUACUGAUGUCCUUCUUCACUACGUGGCUGUUUAUGCGCAUGAAGCUGCCCAGCUACCUGCAUCCUUAGAAUCUCCCAAGUUAAGCCAGGCAAACCUCUCUUAGUAUUCCGUAAAGCAUAUAUAAUAGAUGACCAUUUCCCUGGGCAAAUCGUAGAGCCAUUAAAAGAGCCGCCAAAGUGCCUCUGCUGUGCUGAGGAAGCAGCAAACUAUUGGCGUCCUAUUGUUGGCUCUCAGUCUGCCUCGCGCUGUCCAUACGUUUGGCACGUUCGCUCUCUGCCCGCAGCGCGAAAACAAUUUCCAUCGCAUAUAUAAUUUUAGAUUCUAUUUUUGUUUAUAAAUAUAAAGAAUAUAUACCUACAUAUGUAUGCAACGAGAAA